AUGUUCUACUCCACACAGAUUCUGAGUCGGAAGGGUCCGCUCGCAACGAUAUGGAUCGCAUCACAUCUUAACACCCGGCUCAAGAGGGCGCAGGUGGUCGGCACGAGCAUUGCCGGCUCCGUGGACUCGGUGCUGAACCCUGAGGCACCACUGGCAUUGCGCCUCUCUGGACAGCUUCUGCUGGGCAUCGUUCGAGUCUACAUCCGAAAACUCCAGUUCCUGGAGUCUGACGCCAAGGAGGCUGUGACAGGCUUGCAAGAGGCACUGGACCUGUUUGACCCCGAGGCGCUCUUCACGCUCGGCGGCACGCUGUCCAGGACCUCCUCCUCUCGCCGCACCUCCUCGGCCGGCAGCGCCUCGCUCAUCACCGCAGAUGACGUGUCGGAGGUGUGGGGCCCCUCCAGCCAGGGCGGCGCCGGCGGCUGGUACAACCCGGAGGCCACCUUUGAGCAGGUCAUCCCGGACGACGAGAUGGAUCGCCGGUUCAGCAUCGAGCUGGAGCGCCUGAGGUCCCAGGCGGCGGAGGCGCCGCGGGCCGACAAGGCCGCAGACGUCCUCUACGUCGACCAGGGCCCAGACGAGAGGGGCGGCGGCGCCUACCUUCAUGGGGGUGACGAGACGCUCGACGCCGCGCCCUCUGGCUUCUUCGACGGCCUGACGCCCCUGAAGACCCCGACCAGCGGGCCGCCCUCCUUGCCCUCGGCCGGGCCGGGGUCGGCGCCCCUCCCGGGGAUGGGGGGCGAGCACCCCGGACCGCAUCGCCUUUCAGACGUCCUGCCUCCCCUGGACGGGACGCCCGGCGCGGAUGCAGGCGGCGCGCAACCUCACGGCCCUCGCGGCACGCCGCCCGGCAGCCAGGACAGGCCGGCGCGGCGGCGCGAGGGCUCCCACGCCCACGCUCGCCUGCGCAGGAAGAGGGUGCAGCUGGAUGUGGACGCCUCUGGACGUCCGGCCACCGAGCUGCCAGCCGCGGAGAUGCGCGCGCUGAUGCUGGACCACUCCUCCCUCCUCGCCACGCGGGGAGGCUUUGUGGGGACCAGGGCGAUGACGACUGUCCACGAGAUCGACCUGAGCCUGGCGGACCCCGCUGCGCCUGGGAGCGGCUGCCCUGGCCUGGCGCCGGCCCUGCAGGCCCUAUUUGCCCGAGCUCUGUCCACCCAGGCGCCACGCCACCAUUUCGGUGCCGGAAUGCCGGGCGACGCAUGGAUGACUCAUGACGAGCUGGCCAGCGAGCCGGCGGAGGCGCGCUGGCCCGACGGCACCCAGGGGCCGAUGGAGGGGGAGGCAGGCCCCACCCAGGGCUCCCAACAGCUCGCUGCCUGGGAGGACGCAGGCAAGGCGGCAUCCAGGGGGGCCCAGGGCUACGAAGCUGACAUGUGGCAGGACGACAUGGGAGCGGCCAGCCUCACGCCCGCAUCGAUGGGAGUCAGAGAUGCAGGCGAGGGGACUGCAGCAGGGAUUCUUGGCGGAGACCCCGCCCUGCCCCCGCUGCUCGAGUCCGCCCCUGGCUCCGCCCCAGGCACGAGCGGCACCAGCUCCGGCGCCGGCCGGCCCGACGGCUUCACCGCCAGGACCCAGGCCGUGCUGGAGACCCUGGGCGCGCGCUUCGCGACCCCGGACGUGGGGGCCAAGCGACGCAGGGGCCGCUACGCCUCCGACCCCGGCCAGGCCACGCAGCUGGGCUUCUCGGCGCUGGUGGCAGGCAGGGGCCGCAGCGAGGCCGCGCGCUGGUUCUUCGAGCUGCUGGUCCUGCAGGACCGGGGCCACGUGCGGUUGACCCAGGAGCAGGCCUACGGCGAGAUCGCCGAUCAGCCCUCUGCAAUGCCGGUCCAGGUCCAGAACCUGUUCAAGAAGGCCCCGGCCCCCAUCAAGAAGGCUGCCAAGAAGGCGGAGGGCCAAGUCAAGUCCAAUGUGAAGAAGGUCGCGCGUAAUGUGCCCUCCCCGAAGCAGCUGCAGAAGGGGCUGGCCAAGAACACCGGGGGUUGGCUGGGGAGCAACAGCUCCUCCACCAACCUCAGCCAAUGGUAUGGCCCCGACCGCGCGCUGUACCUGCCUGACGGCCUACUGGACCGGGACGAGGUCUCCCCCGUGCUCAACGGCACCCUGCCUGGCGACUACGGCUACGACCCGCUGGGCCUGGCCAAGAACUCCGAGACGCUGGAGAAGUACCGCGCCAACGAGCUGCUGCACGCGCGCUGGGCCAUGCUGGCCGCGGCCGGGGCCAUCAUCCCCGAGGGCCUGGAGGCCAACGGCGCCAACAUCCACGGCGGCACCUGGUUCGAGACGGGGGCGGAGAUGCUCAACGGCGGCACGCUCAACUACUUCGCGGUGCCCUGGGGCAUCGUGGGCAACCCACUGCCCCUGGCGGGGGCCAUCCUCAUCGAGCUGGUCCUGCUCUUCCAGGUGGAGACCUUCCGCGGCAAAGGCACUGGCCCCCCUGGCUACUCCCCCGGCGUGGGUAAGUUUGAGUCGUCGGACCUGCAGGGGCUGGACCCCCUGUACCCUGGCGGUCCCUUCGACCCCCUGGGUCUGGCCGACGACCCCGAGACCUUCGCCGAGCUGAAGGUGAAGGAGAUCAAGAACGGGCGGCUCGCCAUGGUGGCCUUCCUCGGCUUUGCCGUGCAGGCGGGCGUGACGGGCGAGGGUCCGUUUGCCAACUGGUCCAAGCAUGUGGCUGACCCCUUUGGCUACAACCUGCUGACCAUCCUGGCAGGGGAGGACCGCCUGCCCUCCCUCUGA